GAUACGCGGAAGCGAGGAGCGACAGGGGGGAAAGCACUUUUGCUAACAACAACGACUCCAUUCUCGCUUUCGUUGAUGUUUGCUGGUCUUCCGGAGGUCUUUUAACCAGCAUGGCUCUGCCGCCUCAGCUCAAAGCCAUCCAGCACCACCUCCGCACCGCGCAGGAGCACGACAAGCGGGACCCGGCCGUGGCGUACUACUGUCGGCUCUAUGCGAUGCAGACAGGCAUGAAGUUGGACAGUAAAACACCGGAGUGCCGAAAGUUCCUGGUCAAACUCAUGGACCAACUGGAAUCGAUGAAGAAGGAGCUGAGCGACAACGAGUCGGUCACUCAGGAAGUGGUUGGUAACGCCCACAUCGAAAACUACGCCUUAAAGAUGUUCCUGUACGCCGACAACGAGGACCGAGCCGGACGCUUCCACAAGAACAUGAUCAAGUCUUUCUACACAGCCAGUCUGCUGCUGGAUGUCCUCUCGGUGUUCGGGGAGUUGUCAGAGGAGAACAUCCAACACAGGAAGUACGCCCGCUGGAAGGCCACCUACAUCCACAACUGUCUGAAGAACGGGGAGACGCCUCAGGCCGGACCCAUCGCCAUGGACGAGGACGGGGAAGCAGAUGAGGAGUUCGGAGAUGAAGGUCCCUCCUCCCGCGGCGGUUCCUUCAGGGAUGCUGGUCCCUCCCAGUUCCCCCAGAACCAGGGCCAGAAUCUGGAUCCCGGUCUGGGUCCGGCACAGGGGAUUGGCUUCACCGCGGGGCCGGGCCCAGGGGCAGCGGGGCCGCCCAUGGGUCCCCCGCCCUCUGGCUUCAACAACAUCCACAUCCCGCCGGGGGCCCACGCGCCCGCCAACACUCCGGCUGAGCUGCCCCCACCCGCAGGGGAACCAGUUAAACCAGUGCCUACGCCCAGAUCAGUGCACACCAUCGACCCUUCACUGCUCAACGCCACCCAGGAGGGUAACGUCCACCUGACCCCGGAGGACUACACCAAGGCCCAGAAAUACUGUAAGUAUGCCGGCAGCGCCCUGCAGUACGAGGACGUCACCACGGCCAUCCAGAACCUCCAGAAAGCCCUGAAACUCCUCACCACAGGCAAAGAAUGAAGCCUUUGUCCUCCUCCUCCUCCUCCUCUUUUCCCUCCAUCCCUCCUUCUUUCCAUCCCCCCCCUCUCCAACAGCGCCACUCUAUCUAUCACUGAUCUGCCCGGGACGAAGCUCAGAGCCCAGAGCCCGUUUUUGUGUGUGUGCACGCAGGCAUGUGCGUCCACACACUUGAACACACCCCGUAUGCAUAUUCCACACACACACACACACACACACACACACACACUCACUCACUCAUAAACACACACUCAGGCUGUCCUGUGUGAAGAGAGCCGCUCCGUCGCCUGUAGAGGAAGACGUGAUGGAAAUCAGUCGGACUGUUUGCAACAAUGGCCGCCUGUCUCCGUCGCUGUCUUGCACCGAUUGACGGGACCGGAUUAGACCGGAUUAGGAAUCUGACCCAGAAACUUGGAAAAUUAACUGAUUGGUAGCUGGCUCAUCGGGAGGUUAGAUAAGUGACUGGCUUUGUAGCCGACUCGCCACGUCAUUUUCUGACCGACUGACUCAAGAAGUGCCGAGUCAAAUGACUGGUGGUCUAGUUGCACUGUAAAAAAAACAAAAUUUAAUUUAGUUUUGCCUCAUCUUCAGCGUUUUUCAUCAUAUAAAAUCAAAAAUCUGCCAUCGGGAUGAGAUAAUCCCACGUGUUUCCAAAGCAAAUAAACUUGUUUUCAGAAUUUUUUUGAAUAAAAGCGUCAUUUUCUUGAUUCUAGUCGGCUAAUCUGCUUUAUUCUGCCUAGAUAAUCCCACUUGUUUCCAGCGCAGUUUCACUUGUUUCGUGAGUUCGUCCGGGAACAAAAGUACAAAUCCGUUGAAGCACGGCAGAAUGAAGCAGAUCAGCCACUGGGACUAAGAACAUGACACUCGAUUCAAGAAAAUGUUGUUUAGCGCUGGAAACAAGUGGGAUUAUCUCAUAAGGGAUUAUCUCAUCCCACCGGCAGAUUUUUUGACCUUGUUUGUGAAGUAAAACAGGAUUUGAGCACGGAGGCUGAGACUGAGCGACGUGUCAGGAUGGAGACUUUUUGCUGUUUGUCGACCAAGAUCUUCAUUUAUCGAGUUCUUCUGAUCCCCCUCCAUCUUUUUGGAUAAAUGAACAUGAUUUUUUUUUUUUUUUUUUUUCCCGUCGAGUCUCUUCGGUGAGGCGGUCCGACAUCAUAACAGCGAUCAGUGUCCCGGGACUUUCCUCAUCCAUUAUAAUCCGAAAGAAAAACAUGUACAUUUACAUACGAUGUUGAAAACUUUAACAACAUGUACAACUUUUAUUUUUUCAUACUUUAAUAACAAUCCAAAAUACAUAAUCAUAGUAUUUACAUACACUGAAGAAAGAAAAUAUUGAUUUUUACUUACAGGAUUUGUUCCAAAGCUCAGACAAUACACUGUAAGAGGGGGAGGAUCAUCACUACAGUAAAUCAGUUAUGAUGGAAAAAAGAGGAAUGAUUUUUUUGGGGGGUUGCAGUGGACACCAAAUUAAAGUGCAGGCCUUAUAAUUAUUAUUAUUAUUUUGUGUUUUGCUUGGGGCAGCGGAGGUUUCUGUGUUUAAUGUAUCAGACAUUCACUUUCUCUGUAUCUGUGGAUCACCUUGUCGGGGAGGCCGGAGGAGGGAGGGAUGGAGGGAGGGAGGGACCAGUGAUUGUAGUUGCUAGUCUUUUCCGGUUGUUAUUUAACAUUAGCGUUUCCCCAAUACCAAUAAUUUCAGCGGGACAUGAUGAGAGGUUUUCCUCAUUUUGCACUGUGUUUCCAGCAACAACGUCUAUCUCAGCGUCUGUCCAGGAUCGGAGCGAUUCCAGGCAAAUUUGAAUAAAAGAUUUGGAAUGGUU